AUGGCAGGCAUCAUCCAUGGAACAGUGUACGGAGCGGAGUACGCAGUAAGCCCUGAGCGUCGCGAGUGGCUGGGAGUGGGGCAACACCCAACCCUGGACAAGCUGGAACUGGGCAGGUACUUUGCUAUUGGCGGGCAAAUGUAUGUGAUGAGAGGUAGCUUGGCGAUACGGUACCUGGGCCCCAUUCUGCCCUCGUGGAGGGACUAG